AUGGCAAGCCAAAGACCUUUUAGUUCUUGUAAACAACCGUUGAAGGUACCAGAAAGCCCUAACCAACCUAUGGAGUUCUUGUGUAGACCAUGGAGCCCUUCUGCAUCCGAUUUCCUCGAUAUAUUUUCAUCAAGUAACUUCUUGUUGCCCCCAAGUGCCAACGACAGGACAGUGGAGGAUGAAGAAAAACAGUUGGGUGAAAUACUGCAGAAGGAGCACACAGAGGAACAAGUAGAUGAAAUGCUGAAGAACACUUCACAAAGGAAUAAAGCAAUAGCCAGCAAGGGAAACAACAACAGA